CCGGUCGCUCGUCCCGCGCCGCCCGAGACCCACGCCGCGAGCCCCGACGGCGCCCCGCGGUCAGUGCCGACACCCGCACUCCCGCGCACACAAACCCUCGCUCACCUCUCACGCCACGCCGUGCUUUAUAUCUAAUUGGACGGGGCGCACUCGAAACAAGUUCCUAAAGGUUUUUAACAAGUUUUUCACUUGGAAGUCUUAUUUAUUAGUAUUCGAGAACUUUUAUUGCCGGAAGUUUAUAAGGAUUUAUAGGAGUGCGCCACUAACAAGUGGUCUAAUACCUGCGCGGAGACAGCACUCGCUCGCGACAGAGACGUUUAAAGCGGAGGCAAAGCAUGGGUCCCUCGUUGUGGAUCGGCUGAGCCCGGGCCGGGGGCCGGCGGCGCGCUGGAGGCGCUGCGGCGGCACUCGCGGCAGAUCGCCGCCAGGCGCGUGCGCAGAGUGCAGUUCACGGAACGGGAACGAGAUGGCGCUCGCGGAGAUGGCGCAGAAAGCGGCGGGUCGGAGAUGUCGGGCGGCAGCGGCGGCGGGGCGGAUCCGGCGGCCGUCCACCUGCCGCGUCGAGAUGGGCAACCUGCUGGCGCCCGAGCCGCGGCCGCUCGACAAUAAGGUCAAGCGGCACAGUAUCCACGGGAUGACAGAGGAGGAGAACGUGGUGCGUCCGCACCAGGAGAUGGCAGUGCUGUCGCUGGACGAGAAGAAGUACCUCCUCGGGGUCGAGCGGGGUGACGUGGCGGGGACAAGGCGUGUCCUGCUGCGUGCGAGAGAGACGCAGCAUAUCAACGUGGACUGCGUGGAUCCUCUGGGAAGGUCCGCGCUCCUGAUGGCCAUCGACAAUGAGAACCUGGAGAUGGUGGAACUACUUCUGGAGUUCGGUGUGGAGACGCGAGACGCGCUGCUGCACGCCAUCUCCGAGGAGUUUGUGGAGGCUGUUGAAGCUCUGUUGGACCACGAGGAGCGCUGCACCAAACCUGGGGAGCUGCACAGUUGGGAAGCACUUCCCCCGGAGACGGCAACCUUCACGCCGGACAUCACGCCGCUUAUCCUGGCGGCGCACCGCGACAGCUACGAGAUCAUCAAGCUGCUGCUGGACCGCGGCGCCGCGCUGCCCGUGCCGCACGACGUGCGCUGCGGCUGCGACGAGUGCGUGCUCGCGCGGCGCGAGGACUCGCUGCGACACUCCCGGUCUAGGAUUAAUGCGUAUCGCGCGCUGGCCUCACCGAGUCUCAUCGUUCUGUCGUCUAAAGACCCGAUAUUGACGGCUUUCGCUGAGCUGUCGUGGGAGCUAGCUGAGUUCAAGACUGAAUAUCAGGAGCUGCGCGCCCAAUGCCAGGAGUUCGCGACGGCGCUUCUGGACCACACGCGCACUUCACACGAGCUGCAAGUGCUGCUGAACCACGAGACGGGAGCCGCUACACCGCCGCUCGCAGAGCCUGGUGCGCCGGAACGGAUGCGGCUCUCGCGCCUCAAACUGGCCAUCAAGUUGCGACAGAAGAAGUUUGUAGCGCACCCGAACGUGCAACAGCUGCUAGCUUCAAUCUGGUACGAGAGCGUGCCCGGCUUCCGUCGUAAGAACAUGCUGCUGCAAGCGCUGGAGAUGGCUCGCAUCGGCGCCAUGUUUCCUCUGCACGCGCUGGCGUACUUGGCGGCACCACACUCGGCACCCGGCCGCACACUGCGCAAGCCCUUCAUCAAGUUCCUGUGCCACUCGGCCAGUUACUUCAUGUUCCUGUUUUUACUAAUCCUGGCGUCUCAGCGUAUCGAGACAGCGACAAUGGGGAUAGGAUGGGAUCGCACCACACAAGGCCAGCCGCCGGUGUCCCGUAGAGGAGCACCGCCCUCCCUCGUGGAAUGGCUCAUCCUCGCCUGGGUCAGCGGCUUGAUCUGGAGCGAGGUGAAGCAGCUCUGGGACAUGGGGCUGCGCGAGUACGUGCACGAUAUGUGGAACGUCAUCGACUUCGUCACCAACUCGCUGUAUGUCGCCACUGUUGCGCUCAGGAUCGUGUCGCACUUUCAGGUGCGCCGCGAGAUGGCACAGGGUCUUCAAUGGAACCAGCCCCGCGAGAAAUGGGACGCCUGGGACCCCAUGCUCCUCUCCGAGGGUCUGUUCUCCGCGGCCAACAUCUUCAGCAGCCUCAAGUUGGUGUACAUAUUCAGCGUCAACCCGCACCUGGGGCCACUGCAGGUGUCCUUGAGCCGUAUGGUUCUGGAUAUUCUGAAAUUCUUCGUGCUCGAUAUACUGGUCAUCUUUGCUUUUUCGUGCGGUCUGAACCAGCUGCUGUGGUAUUACGCGGACAUGGAGAAGAAGCGAUGUGUGCCGACCCCGAGCAGCGCCAACGGUACCAUCCCGGAUCCCGAUGCUUGCAUCGUGUGGCGGCGGUUUGCUAAUUUAUUCGAAACGAUGCAGACCCUGUUCUGGGCGGCGUUCGGGCUGGUAGACCUGGACUCGUUCGAGCUGGACGGCAUCAAGAUCUUCACGCGCUUCUGGGGCAUGCUGAUGUUCGGCACGUACGCCGUCAUCAACGUCAUCGUGCUGCUGAAUUUGCUUAUUGCUAUGAUGAAUCACUCCUACCAACUCAUCUCGGAACGCGCGGACGUGGAGUGGAAGUUCGCGCGCAGCAAGCUGUGGAUCAGCUACUUCGAGGAGGGAGGCACGGUGCCGCCGCCGUUCAACGUGGUGCCAUCUCCCAAGUCGCUGGUGUACGCGUGGCGUUGGCUGCAGCGUCGCAUGUGCGGACACGCGCGGGCCAAGCGGGAGCAUAUGCGGACCAUCAGGAGAAAAGCCAAGCAAGCCAACGAACGCGAUUUCCGGUAUCAGGCGAUAAUGCGCAACCUCGUCCGUCGCUACGUGACCGUGCAGCAGCGGCGCGCCGAGUGCGGCGGCGUGACCGAGGACGACGUGAACGAGAUCAAACAGGACGUGUCCGCGUUCCGCUGCGAGCUGGUCGAGAUCCUGCGCAACUCCGGCAUGAAUACCUCCACCGCCAACGCGGGUGCGCCCGGUGGGGGCGGCGGCAAGAAGAACCGGCAGAAGGAGCGUCGGCUCAUGAAGGGCUUCAACAUCACGGCGCCGGGCGGGUCGCUGGCGCCCGUGGAUGAGUUCCUGGCGUCACUGCAUCACGAGCACGGGCCGCACUCGCAGCUGUCGCAGCUGCUGGGCGGGCGGCUGCGCGCGUCGCAGUCGAGCCUGAGCGACGCGGCGCCGGCGCCCGGGCGCCGCAAGCCGCCGCACAAGCGCCGCUGGGGCACCAUCAUCGAGGCGGCGCGCGCGGCCCGAGUCUCCAGGCUCAUCGGCCGCUCGCGCUCCGAGGACUCCGUCUGCGACCACAAUCGACAGUCGCCCAGUGGCAGCGAGCGGUCAGAGUCGGGCAGUGACUCGCAACGCAGCGAGCGACGCGCGGGCCCGCUGCAUCCGCUCACCGCUUUAGCGGCGCUCAAGCGGAAGCGGAAGAAGUUCUCCGACUCGAGGAGACAGGCGGAGGAACGGGAUCGUCCGACGGCAGAAGCGUUGCAGCGGGCGAGUUCAGUGCCGGCGCGCAAGCCGCCGACGCCGCCGCCGGAGCGAGCGCCGCCGCCGCCGCCCGCCGACGCCGCUGCACGAGGCGGCUCGCGUGAGCCGCUGCUCGCCAGCCUCGAUGACGACGCUAAUAAGCAGGAGCAGUGCGGCUGCGCCGAGCCGUCGACGCGCGCGCCGCGGCCGAGCGGCGGCGGCGCGGCGUGCGGGCGCUGCGCCGCGCUCGCCAAGCUGGCCGGCGUCACGCCGCUGCACGGGCAUGCCCCGCACCACUCCGCCGGGUGGCUCUAACGCGACCGACAUAGCCUAAGAGAUGAUGAAGAGUAGUCUACACGUCGAACCCGGUCCGCGACCGACAUAGCUUAAGAGUCAGCAACGGCCAAAGAUGGAAAACGAUGGAAGGAAUUCGGCCGGCAAAAAGAAAGUGGGAAGCCUCAAAUCGGAAACCCUGACGUAGCCCAUUCGACUGCGGGCUCUUUGUAAAUGUGUGACGUUAUUCGUGUUAUGUACAUGUGCGGAAAAAGAACAAUCGGGAAAUGUUCAUGGGAUUCAGUAAGUUCUAGACUCUUCUCCUUCCGCACAAAAUCCUUAGUUGGGCUAAUUUUAGAUGUCGCGUGAUGUCAAAGAAAGACGAUAAAGUUUUGGUUUAGUAGUUGACUGCAUUGAGCGAGUAGCAAUCAUCUAUUUUUUACUUUAACCUUCCGUCCGUUUGAUGGUUAUCUAAUUGCCACGACCCGUACAAAAUGUACAAAAAAAAGUCGUGGCUAUUAGAAGCAAAAUAUCAAUUUUGAACCUCUGGAUAUUUACUUGCGCCUCAGCAAAGAAGUACGGAGGUCGAAAACCUCGAGCACAAAAUACUUAAGUAUCCUUAAUUUAUUAAAGAACGAUCUGUUCAUGACAUUAUCAAACGUAUUGUUAAUCAAAUUCAGUAGAAGAGUCAUAAGGUAAAUUACAGGUUAUUUUAUAAUACAUAUUAAUUAGUUACAUGUGUUAUGAAAAUUUACCAACUGGAAUAUUACUGAAAUAUUUUCGAAAUGAAGCUAAAGGUAAAAACACAAAAAAUAAAAGUCUAAAAAUAAAACAUGUACCUACAAGGUAGGUACGAAAUGCAUCGCCUAUUUGUAAAAAGAAAAUAUGUAGUCAAAAGACAGUGAAAAGAAAACACCAGUAGAGAAAGUUACUCCUUAUUUUCUACGCAAACUUAAUCAUAAGGCUACUGGCUAACUACUAAUCGUAUAUACUUACUUAGAAUAAUCUUUCUAACAACUAGAGCCCAAUCCUUACUGGUCGCUAAAAACAGACACGGAAUGAAACCACAACGAUAAUAGUAUUUAAAUAGAUAAUUAAAAUGACCAAUAAGUAAUAUUUUCUAGAGUCACCCCAGAAUCCAGAACGAAAACAGCAAUACAAGAGGCCUAAACAUAACGAAGUAGAUUUAUCAUAUCGCAAGCCUCAUCGCCGGGAAUCAAAUCGUUAGUAAAAGGAAAAACACUAAUGCAUAAGUCGCUAUUUAGAUCCCGGCUGAGAGGUUGGAAGGAUUAGUCAUAAAUUAAAUGUAAAUAGUUAUUAGGUAGAGAAAGUGAAUCGAGCUAUGCACAGCGAGAAUUUAAAGCAAACUGUAAAAUGGAGCCUGAUAUAAUUGAGUGAGUCUGGUCGUACAGUCAACCAAUUGGAACUCUAGGCAAACAACCAUGUCAAAAUGACAAGCAGUAAUAGAUUUCUUACAAUCUGAUUUAUAACGUCAGUAUGACAUAGCCCUACAGUGGCCGAACGUUCCAAUUGGUUGACUAAUGACUAAUACGUCUCUUACAGAUCUCAGGUCAAAUGUUUCUAGUUUGCUUGGUCUCGUGAAUUGAGAUGACCGUCCAUAUUGCAGGACUCGCCCAAGGCUCGUCUUUGUGCCCAGUGUGGACGUUGCCUCGCGGCACACACAAUACUCAUAAGCGUUUAAACUUUACAACAUAGCCUUAGAAACUUUCCUUAACUUUAACCAUGACAUUACCUAAUAUCAAACACCAAUUAGGAUAAGUAGGUACAAAUGAAAUUUUAACUUAGUUAAUGAAAUAAAUAUAGGCAACUAUUUAUUUAUAUACCUGAGCAAUUCCCGAAAAGUUUGUACAUUUGGAUCACGUCUCCGAUUUUGAUAAAAAUUGGUAGGCU